UCCAGUUGAGUGACUGAAUAGGCUACUUUUUCCAUUUAUAAAGAGAGACAAGAGAAAAUGUCAGAGAAGAGAGACACUCCAACUUCUACAUGAACCCGAGAACCAUCACAGCUUUAGAUUCAACGGGGACAUUGAAACUACUUUAUUACAUAAUAACUCUGCAACAGUCAAUCGGAACCAGUAUCGACUGACACUUCAGCUUCAGAGCAACCACUGAUUUGUGUUUGGUAGCCUAAAUUCGGUCUUAGCUACUGAAACCUGUUUGAUUUGAACUAACUGUCAUGUUGUUAGGCCUAUUAGAAUUACAACGGAAAUAUGUAGAACUAUAAUCAGGAUCAAAAUCUGUAGACAAUGAAAGUUGGGUCUUGUGAACAUCCGUGUGAGAGAACUGUCAACAAGUGCGCAUUGCUUCAAAUGCACGAGGUCGCACUGAUCAACCAAAAAGGCAAAUAGUCAACUUGCUCUUUCCGCGAUAUCAAUUUCUUUUCAUGGUUUUUGGGCGAUACAAACAACUUUUUCCAAGUUUCAAAAUUGCAUUCAACAAUUGCAACAAAAGCUGCAGCCAUGACCUCGGCCACUCCCCCGUCCUCACGUGGCUCCUCCCCCGAGAAGGUGUGUCACUCAAUGACCCAGACGGAGGUUCUGAAGCCGCUGCUGGGGGCGGUGGGGGUGGCGGCAGGGGAGGCAGCGGCAACGGUUUGUGCGCUCCGACGGAGACGACGCGUUCUCUCCAAGGACGGGCACAGCAACGUGCGCAUCGAGCACGUGAGCGGGCGCGGGGCGCUGUACCUGCGUGACAUCUGGACGACCUUCCUGGACAUGCAGUGGCGCUACAAGCUCUUCCUGUUCUCGGCCAGCUUCGCCGGGACCUGGUUCCUGUUCGGGGUUCUGUGGUACCUGGUGGCGCUGGUGCAUGGAGACCUGCUAGAGUUUGACCCGCCGUCCAACCACACCCCGUGUGUGAUGCAGGUGCAGACCCUAACGGGGGCGUUCCUCUUCUCGCUGGAGUCCCAGACCACCAUUGGCUACGGCUUUCGUUGCAUCACAGAGGAAUGUCCUGCCGCCAUCAUCCUCCUCAUCCUCCAGCUUGUCGUUACCAUGGUUCUGGAGAUCUUCAUCACAGGAACCUUCCUCGCCAAGGUGGCGCGGCCCAAGAAGAGAGGCGAGACAGUGAAGUUCAGCCGGCACGCCGUGGUGUCCAAUCACGAGGGCCGACCCUGCCUCAUGAUCCGAGUGGCCAACAUGCGCAAGAGCCUGUUACUGGGCUGCUCGGUAACAGGGAAGUUGCUCCAGACAUCCCAGACCAAGGAGGGGGAGACGGUGCGACUGGACCAGAGGAACGUUCCCUUCCAGGUGGACAUGUCCAGCGACAGCCCCUUCCUCAUCCUCCCACUCACCUUCUACCACAUCAUUGAUGACAGCAGCCCACUCAGAGCCUGGGCCAUCAAGGGAGGGGGAUGGACGGAUCCGGAUCUGGCAGACUUUGAGCUGCUGGUGAUCAUGAGUGCCACGGUGGAGCCUACCUCCGCCACCUGCCAGGUGCGCACCUCCUACCUGCCUGACGAGAUCCUGUGGGGGUAUGAGUUCCCCCCCGUGAUCUCCCUGUCCCCUUCGGGGAAGUAUGUGGCCGACUUCGCCUUCUUUGACAAGGUGGCCAAAACAAAGACCACCCCCCUCGUCAAACAGGCCUCGCCCCCAAGCCCAGCCAUGCGCUCCUCCCUUUACCAUGGCAGCAACAGAGGGGGCACGGAGGAAGGGGCAGACCCGGAGAAGAUCAAACUGGAGGAGGGCUAUAGAGGGGAGGAGAGGGGGAGGGGCAUGGGGCGAGAUAGUAGUCUUCUCAGUGUCCGUAUCAGCAAUGUCUAGAGAGAGAGAGAGAGAGAGCACGAGUAGGAUGCAAUGAGAGAGCAAGGAGAUAUGAUAGGAGAUACGUAUCGAGAUUGAACACUUAUCAAGUGAGAAAACAUUAUUGAAUGCAAUAGAGAAGAGCUGCUCCCCUGUUGGGAAACGUGAACACAAAACACACACACUUACACACAUAUGCACUUGUGUUUUGGAUUUGAUGGGAAUGUAUCACCCCUUGUGGUUGAUGAGGAUUCCACAAGCAAUAAUCUGGAAAGGGACAACAUACUGUACAUCCCAUCUGGGUUUACUGUACUGUAAUCAAAGAUGAACUAAAGGGGCUUUUUAAACUUCAUAUGUCUGUAUUUUUUUAAUGAAAGUACUUGUGUAACUAUAAAGGUUGACUGGUUUAUGUGAACAUAACAUGGUUUACUUGGACAUAAUCACAGAAUUAUGGUACUGUCUGUUUUUUACACAAAAAGGUACUGGGAGUGGAAGCACUGGAAAACAAACAAUUUUUCUUGAAGGAUUUUGACUGAAUAUAUCAUAUUGUAUGUAUGUGUAUUUGUCCCUAUCGAUGCGAACAAAGCCAGUACUCAUUCUUAUGAAUAUAUGUUUAGCAGGGCUGGGGUAAAUUACGUUUCAAUUCCAGUCAAAAAAGUAAAGUAAACCAAAUUCCAAAUCCAAAUGGUCCUUCUUGAAAAGCAUUGAAAAUAAUUGUAAUUUCAGUGUACAUCCUCAAUUGUCUGGCAUUGAAAUGGAAUUGACACCAACCCUGAUGUUCAGAGUCUGUUUUCUUUUCACUGGAAUAUAUGCAUUGAAGAUGUAUGUUAACAAUACUAAAAGCACUUUAACUUGGUGGAAAAUUGUACUUUACACAAUGGAGAGUAAUGGGACUAACUUCCUAAUUUCAUUCGCUGUGUGUGUGUCCGUGUGCAAGCAUGUUUAUAUGAGUCAAUGUGAGUGCAAUUCUGAAUGUGUAUGUACUUCGUAUUCAUAAUGCACUUCAAAACCUGAACACUUAUGCCUUUUGAUAUGUCAAUGUCAUUUUUACAGUACAGUCGUGGCCAAACGUUUUGAGAAUGACACAAAUAUACAUUUUCAAAGUCUGCUGCCUCAGUUUGUAUGAUGGCAAUUUGCAUAUACUCCAGAACGUUAUGAAGGGUGAUCAGAUGAAUUGCAAUUAAUUGCAAAGUCCCUCUUUGCCAUGCAAAUGAACUGAACACCAAAAAAAACAUUUCCACUGCAUUUCAGCCCUGCCACAAAAGGACCAGCUGACAUGUCAGUGAUUCUCUCAUUAACACAGGUGUGAGUGUUGACGAGGACAAGGCUGGAGAUCACUCUGUCAUGCUAAUUUAGUUCAAAUAACAGACUGGAAAGCUUCAAAAGGAGGGUGUUGCUUGGAAUCAUUGUUCUUCCUCCGUCAACCAUGGUUGGUUGCAAGGAAACACAUGCCGUCAUCAUUGCUUUGCACAAAAAGGGCUUCACAGGCAAGGAUAUUGCUGCCAGUAAGAUUGCACCUAAAUCAACAAUUUAUCGGAUCAUCAAGAACUUCAAGGAGAGCAGAUCAAUGGUUGUGAAGGCUUCAGGGCACCCAAGAAAGUCCAGCAAUCGCCAGAAAUGUCUCCCACAGUUGAUUCAGCUGCGGAAUCGGGGCACCACCAGUACAGAGAUUGAUUAGGAAUGGCAGCAGGCAGGUGUGAGUGCAUCUGCACGCACAGUGAGUCUGAGAAUUUUGGAGGAUGGCCUGGUGUCAAGAAGGGCAGCAAAGAAGCCACUUCUCUCCAGGAAAAACAUCAGGGACAGACUGAUGUUCUGCAAAAGGUACAGGGAUUGGACUGCUGAGGACUGGGGUAAAGUCAUUUUCUCCGAUGAAUCCCCGGAAAAGACAAGGUGGGUACUACCAUCAGUCCUGUGUCAUGCCAACAGUAAAGCUUCUCAGCCAAGGGAGUGGGCUCACACACAAUUUUGCCUAAGAACACAGCCAUGAAUAAAGAAUGGUACCAACACAUCCUCCGAGAGCAACUUCUCCCAACCAUCCAUGAACAGUUUGAGGCAAACGUGAUAACUAAGUGGCUCAGGGAACAAAACAUCAAUAUUUUGGGUCCAUGGCCAGGAAACUCCCCAGACCUUAAUCCCAUUGAGAACUUGUGGUCAAUCCUCAAGAGGUGGGUGAACAAACAAAAACCCAAAUUCUGACAAACUCCAAGAAUUGAUUAUGCAAGAAUGGGCUGCAUCAUUCAGGAUGCCAGGGUGGAUUGCAGAGGUCUUGAAAAAGAAGGGUCAUCACUUCAAAUAUUGACUAUUUGCAUCAACUUCAUGUUAUUGUAUUGUCAAUAAAAGCCUUUGACACUUAUGAAAUGCUUGUAAUUAUACUUCAGUAUUCCAUAGUAACAGCUGACAAAAAUAUCUAAAAACACUGAAGCAGCAAACGUUGUGGAAAUGAAUAUGUGCCAUUCUCAAAACUUUUGGCCACGACAGUACAUUACACCAACUCCUCUCUAUCAUGAUAUCAUUAGCAUUGCCAUUCAGAGGAUAUUGACAUCCUUUUCUAUGGUGCCAGUAAAUGUAUUUUGUAAUGCCUGUCAGAGCUGUGUAGGUCAAAGGGUUUGGUUCAUCAGGGCCACAUUAAGUAGCCAAACGUUGUCGAAUGUUGCAGAUAGAAAUACCACGAAUAGAGCUGACCUGAUUCCUUAUUCUACAUGUCACACAGAGCUGUUUGUUUUACAUAGAAUAUUUUUAUAUGCUAUGUCCUGCUGAACGUGCACCAUGUCUGUGAUUGUUCAUAAUGCGUUGCCAGGCCAGGGCCCAUCUCUAAUAAUGGAACAUCACCGUACACCGUAAAACAAAGUGUUUAGGAUCUGAAUUUGGAUUUAAACGAGUCAAAUAAUUCAGAUGAAACCACGGCACAGUGUUUAGAUUGUAAACGGCGCAACAUUUUUGUUCGCUGUAACACUUUUUAGUCACAUAAACACGUUUAUUCAGCACAAGGCGUAUAGGUUUUAAACACUGAGGGUGUUGGAACACUACCCUAUUUGCAUACUGUACAACCCAGCAUGUCUUUUGAGUGAAUGUGAGAGAUACCCACCCAUGACUUAUUUUGUUAGUGACAGUGAAAUGGUUGUUGCAUUCAAAGAAGCCUUCACCAAGCGCCUUCCUAAGUUAAUUGCGUUUCAAUUUAAAGUAAACCCUGUAUGACCACAAAUGAUACAUUUCAUAAGGCCUUUAGUUAUGGCUUAGUUAUCAUCGACACUAUAGUCUGAUCCUGACUCAUGGACCACAUCAGACCUGCGAGUCACAACACGCUGGUUCGUGAAGUGAUUAGUAAUUCCUAUCGGAAUCCAGCCAGAAAAUGAAUAGCCAACUAUUUGAAUCUUUUAUCACUCAAAACCUGAACUCAGAAUGACUGCUAUGGUGAAGGACUUCUUGUGAAUUUCAAGCAGACUAGACGCUUAUGAUAUUACUGCCUUUCUCAGUUCCCCUAAAGGAAGUAUUAUAAAAAAAGGGGAAAGGAGAAUGAGAAAACCUUCAAAUUGCACCACCAUCUAACCCUGCACCUGUACACUAUCCCCAACAAAAUCCCACCCCAUCACACGACUUGGCCCUAAACAAUCUGCAUGGGCACCCCCAGAGUUGACACGGUGCUUUCUCUAUCCAACUGUACACUCGAUCUGACUAUGCCCUUGUCGAAGUAUUUUGUGUUUGUCUUCAUUUAUUUGGUCAGGCCAGGGUGAGGCAUGGGUUUUUGUAUGUGGUGUGUUUGUAUUGGGAUUGUAGCUUAGUGGGGUGUUCUAGUUAAGUUUAUGGCUGUCUGAAGUGGUUCUCAAUCAGAGGCAGGUGUUUAUCGUUGUCUCUGAUUGGCAACCAUAUUUAGGCAGCCAUAUUCUUUGAGUGUUUCGUGGGUGAUUGUCCUUAGUGUCCUGAUGUCCUUGUGCUGUGUUUAUUUACACCAGUAUAGGCUGUUUCGGUUUUCGUUACGUUCUUUGUUUUGUAGUGUUUGUAAUUGAUUUGUGUUUUACGUUUGUUUAUUAAACAUGGAUCGCAAUCU